AUCUUGAAACUUGUGAAAGGAAAACCCAAAGAAAAAUAGUGUUUAAAAAGGCAUAAAACCCAUCUCCCACUCUGUCUUCGGCUCUUCGUUUGUUUUCCGUAAACCCCUGUUCCUCGUCCUUGCCUCCAGACAAACAACAGACAAUGGCACCUCUGCAGCAUUCUUGUCUGUAGUUGAAAGCGCCCAACAACGGUAAAGUUAUUCCUCUUGCAUGUGUUGGGCCUUUGAUCCUAUGCACAUCUAUGAGAGGUUGAUGCAUUAGAAUGAGGAAAACUUUGGGGGAUGCCUCUUCUGUCAUAUGAUUCAUAUUUCAAACAUAUUAUAGAGUGAUUCAGCGUGUUACUGUGGUACUUUGAAGCAACAGACACCAGAUAUUAGUGAGGUGGUUUCAGGUGAAAUGUUGAGUCUGAGUUUCCUUCCUAGUUCAAUUGAAGCUGCUAUAUUUUGUGUAUCUAACCGUGGGUUACACGAUGACUUAUGUGAUUCGGUGCCUGGUGCUGAAACUUGGCAGAUGUGUACAAAAUGCAAUGAUCAUUGCAGCUGCAGAAGAGCUCAACCAAUCUCUGAGGAAAACAAGAAUUUUGAUGAUUCCUGCUCCUUGAUUUAUAAAAGUAGCUCUUCCCAGCUUUCAGCAGUCACGAUGUCUGAAACUUCUGCACCUAAUCUCGUUUAUAAAAGGAGGAAGUUACGAAGAAACCCUGUCACCAGGUUUCAAGGAGGUCAAGAAAACACUAUAAGUGGUGAUUAUUUUUCUUUUCUAAAUUCUGAAGCUUCUGCAGUUGCUGGUAAGGAACGACUUGCUUCUCAAUUAGAGCAUGAAACUGAAGCCACUCGAGCUCAUUUUGUAGCUCCUCGUUUAUGCAAGAGAGUCUCUCAUGUUUUAAAUUCAGAAUCUUGUAAUGGAUGUUCUGCUGGUGAGGAAUUAGUUUCUGAUGAAGCACCUAAAAAUAACGGGCAAAAACUUUUAGAGGUAAGCAGCGUAAAUGAUAGUUGUUCAUCAUCAAAGUCAAAUAUGGAGCAUGCUUCAACUUCCGUGAAGACUGAAGUACAUGAAACAGGUGAGUGCUCCUCUUCUAGUGCAGUAGUUAUGGAGGUUGUGGGAGACCUGUCUGAAAAGGAUCUAUGCAUCUCUAUUCUUAGAAGCCAUGGACUGCUUGGGGAUUCCCAGGCUACCAUGAACAGUGGUUCUGCUGAAGACGCUGACACCAUUGGCAGUGACAUCCAUCGCCGGUCAUGCACAAUUUGUAGUCGUUCUGGAACCACUUUGAAAAUGCUAAUUUGUGAUCAUUGUGAAGAGGCAUUUCACAUUUCAUGCUGCCACCCCCGUAUGAAGAAACCACCUAUUGAUGAAUGGUUCUGUCAUUCUUGUUUGAAAAAGAAACAUAAGAUUUUACAGGAGCAAGUGACCCAAAAAUCGCCGAAUAUCGCAAGUGUCAUGAGUAAGGAAGCAUCACCCAAGGGCCAAAUGAAUCCCAUAAUGUUAAUGUUGAGAGACAUUGAACUGUAUAGAACUAGUGUUCGGGUUGGCAAAGGGUUUCAAGCGGAAGUUCCUAACUGGUCUGGCCCAACAAAUGGUGAUAUCAAUGGCAUUGGUGAACCAUUGGAAAUAGAUUCGUCAGAAUAUGCUAGAUUCCAUGGGCUGAACUGCAAUAAACCUUCUAGACAUAGCACUAUAGGUAAUUGGCUUCAAUGUCGAGAAGUUGUAGAUCGCGCAAACAGAACUAUUUGUGGAAAGUGGCGCAGGGCUCCUCUUUUUGAAGUCCAAACUGAUGGCUGGGAGUGCUUCUGCUCUAUCCUUUGGGAUCCAAGCCAUGCUGAUUGUAACGUGCCUCAGGAACUGGAAACGGAUCAAGUUCUAAAGCAACUGAAGUAUAUUGAGACGCUGAGGCCCCGGUUAUCUGCUAAACGGCAUACUUUGGACGGAACCAAGAGUGCUGGUGAUCUGAAAACCCCCAUAGUAGGUACAAAAAGUAUACAAACUCUAUGAUAUGGUGAAAACUUGUGAUAAGCGUGUAUAGAACCUGGCUCGUUGAGUCGUUGUACAUCAUAGAUAUCAAAUCGAGUUAGAAAUUUUGACCACA